AUGGAAGCAUUAUCCGGAGUUAUGAAAAAAGCCACCUCAAUCGGAUUGUUCAAUGGGAUUGAUGUCUCAUGUAACGGUCCUUCCUUAUCUCAUCUGAUCUAUGCGGAUGACGUGAUGUUCGUUGGUGAGUGGUCGCCUUCAAAUAUAAUUAAUCUACGGAGGAUGAUGAGAUGUUUUUAUCUUGCUUCGGGGUUAAAAAUAAACCUUGCUAAGUGUAGUAUUUUUGGUAUUGGGGUGGAAGAUCAGGAAAUUCAAGACACGGUUCUUCUAUUGGGUUGCAAACAAGCGGUUUUAGCGGGUGGGCAGAACAUUUCCUUUUGGCUGGAUAUUUGGGCCGAUUCUCUUCCUCUCUAUCUUAAAUUCCCAGCUUUGUUUAAGAUAGAGUCGGUGAAAGAAUGUUUGGUUGCUGACCGUAUACAUAUGGAUGAUAAUGAUAUUGUGUUGAACUGGGCUUGGGCUCGGCUAUUAGCUGGAGUGGAGGAACAAAAUCAAUUUCAGCAACUAGUUACUUUGAUAGGCUGUCCUAACAUGUCGGCUGGUUAUGAUGUUUGGAGAUGGCCUGAUAGUGUGUUUGAAUGGAAUAAUUGGGUGCCCAAAAAAGUGGGUUUGGUGGCUUGGAGGGCGGAUAUGGAGAGGUUGCCGACGAAGCAAGCAUUAGCGGCUCGGAAUGUGCAGAUUCAAGACAAGUUGUGCGUGUUUUGCGGCGAAUACGUUGAGACGUCGGAGCAUAUAUUCGUGUCAUGUCAUUUCGCUCAAGUAACCUGGCUAAAUUUAGCGACUUGGUGGGGUCUGCCGCCUAUCAUUGCUUUUGGUUUGAAAGAUUUAUUGACGGUACAUGGCUCAAACUCGGGCUCGGAGAAAAAGCGGAAAGCGAUACACGCUGUGGUUUUGGUGGCAAUUUGGAACAUAUGGAAAACGAGGAAUGAUGCUCUCUUUAGAAAUUUAACUCCAAACUGA